AUGUCGGGCGGAGGAUGGGUUCGUCCUCCUGGUGGCGACCAAGCUCAACCAACAUGCUUCGGGAUUGGUCAACUUCGGAUACCAGAGAGGUCAGAGAGUCAGAGACUUUGUUCGGCUUGUAUGAGUCUCGGUUGCCUAAAUAGUACGCACUGGGAAAGCAUCAACAACUUCCGCAAAGUCAUUGUAGAUCAUCACCACUCGUUUGAUGCGAUACUCAAGAGUGCACGUGAAGGUUGCCACCUUUGCGGAUUGCUGUUGAUAGCGUGGGAGGAGAAAUGCUCAUUGGAGCAAGAGCCUGGGGGUGGAUGGGUUGGAAAGUUGGGUCUUGAUUCGGUUUCCUUGAGUGAAGGCAUCAGACUCGAAUUCAAGAGGUGGGCCCCAACAUUACGGUCAAAUCUUGAUGAAGUCCGGAUCAACAUACUAUGUGGGGACUUGCCGUCUACUAUGGGCGGACGUUUGAUCUGUAAAGCUUUGGACAGCUCAUCAGCAAGUUUGUCUAGAAUCAAAGCCUGGCUGAAUAUCUGCUCAAGUUCACAUUCGGCCUGUUCCCGGGCCGGUUCUCGGGCUCCACCCUUACCAACGAGAGUGAUCGCGGUAGGAACUAAAGGAUCGAGCAAAUGCCAUCUAGUGUCUGGAAACAAGAAGCAUGGUUACUACGCCACUCUAAGCCACUGCUGGGGAGACCCCCGCAAUCGACCGUUGUCGACGACUGAUCGGACCCUUCCUCAUCGACAGCGAGGUAUCGAAUUUGAGGCAUUGCCAAAAACCUUUCGGGACGCUGUUCAAGUCUGCAGGGAGAUAGGCAUAGAAUACAUUUGGAUCGACUCUCUUUGUAUCAUCCAAGAACAAGAAACGCAAGAAGAUUGGGCAAAAGAAGCACCCACAAUGGGACAAGUCUACGGCAAUUCGAUUUUGACCAUUUCUGCGGCGGCAGCAGCAGAUUCCACUCAAGGAUGCUUCAAAGAGCGCCUUGGUCUGAUCCUUUGGCCUUGUCCAAUCGUGCUAUUCGGGCAGUCAUGCUACCUAUUCCGGUAUCCGAUGAACAGAGAAGAGAUCUGGGGUAAUCCGGGAGACGGCGAAUGGGACGUGUCAAAUGUCUUAGCCCGAAGAGCCUGGGUUCUUCAGGAGCAGGUGUUGUCUCUCCGCACCAUCACAUUCUCGAAAGACCUUCUCAUCUGGCGUUGCCCGACACUUUCGACUAACGAGAAGUACCCAUUGGGAAUACCGCACGCUCCGGAUAUAUCGGUUGACAGUCAUCGUCUUCUCCAGUGCAUAGUAAAUGGUAUAACAUCAUUCAUGCCAAUAGAGCCAACGUUCGGCAACUAUGAUUGCUGGUACAAGAUAGUAGAAGAGUUUACAUCUCGAAAUCUCACAUACGAGGAAGAUAGGCUACCUGCAAUAGCUGGCAUUGCGAAAAGAUUUGGAAUGGCAGUAAAUGACAGCUAUCACGCAGGACUAUGGAGGCACGAUAUGAUCCUCGGUCUCCUAUGGAGAAAAAGGGGUAUUGCGGUCACGUGCACAGCCAAAUCAGGCGGAGUACCGUCGUGGUCAUGGGCCUCAAUCAAGGGUCGUGUAACGUACUCAGAUCUAUUGUCGGCUAAUCACGACGCGAGUCGCAUCCCUUUGUCAUCACUGGUCGAUAUCCUCGAUGUUUCGGAUCCAAUAACCCACGAAGACCAUCCGUUCGGAGUAACGUCGAGAGCUUCGUUGAGCUUGUCCGGUGUUUUGCUGGCAGUGAUGCAAGAUAAGCAUGAAGACUUCGGGCUAGUUCUUGGCCAGAACGGCACCCGAUUUUCGGACAACAUUGGUGACUUCUACCCGGACAUCUGGGAUUCCGACAGGCAGAAUCAAGCGCCCUUGGUCUGUCUACCCGUAGGCGUAUGUCAUAGUCCUCAUUAUGCAGGUGCCCAGGAAAAUGACGAAGUGUGCAAAGCCUCGUGGAAAAGAUCGCUGGAGAUGGGGACAGACAAACUCAAGCUAAUACACACGUUGUACUGCUUGAUCCUCCAGGCUGUCGAAGGAAAACAAGUCGUGUACAGUCGAGUUGGGCUAUGUAGAGUGGCAAACCAUAAGACAAUUGAGAUUAGCAGGAUGGCUUCGUUUGGAGAACGCAGGGCCGUAACGAUCAUCUGA